GCCGAGACCCACCCCCCCCACGCGGGAUCGCUGCGCUGCAGCGGGGCCGGGGGCGGCCGUGCCGGGGGUACCGGCGGCUGGCGGCAGGCGCUAGGACCCAGCAGCGGGCGGUGCGGAGCAUCCCUCGCCGCAGCGGCUCCGGCCCCGGCCCGGCCCCGAGCAUCCCUCCCCGCCCCGCCCUGGGGACCCCCGCCCAGCCCGGGACCCCCACUCCGACCUGCCCGGGGACCCUCGGGCCUGGCCCCGGCCCCAUGCAGCCCCUCAGGGGUCCCGGAGCCGCCCAGCAGGGAGGAGCAGGGAGAUGAGCAGGGCUGGGGGGCACCUCUGGGUGCUCUGACUGGCACCCGCCCCCUCCCCCCUCCGAGCAGAGCGGCACCCACAGACGAGCGGGCACCUGGCAGAAGGCAGAGGAGGAUGUGAGCCCCCCGGCAAUGCCCGGCCCCCCGCGGACGGGCGAUGGGCCGCUGAAGGCCCAGGAUGGAGCCCUCCCUGCCCGCGCCCUGGGGCUGGAACGGCUCUAGGGGGGCUCGGGGGCUGCCGCCCAGCCCCAUGCCCCCCAACGGCACGGCCGACGCCAAGCCCAAGGACGUGGCCUCCAAGUCCGUGGGGCUCUUCUUCAUGCUGCUGCUGGACCUGACUGCCAUCGUGGGCAACGCCGCGGUCAUGACUGUCAUCGUCCGGGCGCCGGCGCUGCGCAAGUUCGUCUUCGUCUUCCACCUCUGCCUGGUGGACUUCUUGGCCGCCCUCACCCUGAUGCCGCUGGAGAUGCUGUCGGGCUCGGCCGUGUUCGACAGCCCGGUGCUGGGGGAGGCUCUGUGCCGCGUCUACCUGUUCCUCAGCGUCUGCUUCAUCAGCAUGUGCAUCCUCUCCAUCUCCACCAUCAACGUCGAGCGCUACUACUACGUGGUGCACCCCCUGCGCUACGAGGUGCGGAUGACCGUGGGGCUGGUGACCUGCGUGCUGGUGGGCGUCUGGCUCAAGGCCGUGGCCACCUCCCUGGUCCCCGCCCUGGGUUGGCUCUCCCCCGACCGCCCUCCGGCGCCCGCCGGCCGCGGCUGCUCCUUGCAGUGGAGCCGCGGUCCUUACUGCAAGUCCUUCGUGGUCUUCUUCGCCGCCUUCUACUUCCUCCUGCCCCUCCUCAUCAUCGUGGUGGUCUACUGCAGCAUGUUCAAGGUGGCGCGGGUGGCCGCCAUGCACCACGGGCCGCUGCCCACCUGGAUGGAGACGCCUCGGCGGCGCUCCGAGUCGCUCAGCAGCCGCUCCACCAUGGUCACCAGCUCGGCGGCUCCCCGCACCACCCCGCAGAGGACGUUCGGGGGGGGCAAAGCCGCCGCCAUCCUGCUAGCCGUGGGGGGCCAAUUCCUCUUCUGCUGGCUGCCCUACUUCUCCUUCCACCUCUACAGCGCCCUGAGCUCGCAGCCCCUGGCGGGGCCGGCGGCCGAGACGGUGGUCACCUGGCUGGGGUACUUCUGCUUCACCUCCAACCCCUUCUUCUACGGCUGCCUCAACCGGCAGAUCCGGGCCGAGCUGGGCCGGCUCCUGACCUGCUUCUUCAAGCAGCCGCCCGAGGAGGACCUGCGGCUGCCCAGCCGGGAGGGCUCCAUCGAGGAGAACUUCCUCCAGUUCCUGCAGGGCACCGCCUGCCCCGCCGAGCCCCGCCGCGCCCCCAGCCCCAGGCGGGACCAGCCCCCCGACGACUUUCGCAUCCCGGGGCAGAUCGAGGAGGAGGCGGCGGCGGCGGCGGCGGAGGGGCCGGAGCGGCGCGGGGGGGAUGGGCUCCGUGCGCCCGUGCUGGCGGCCCCCGAGCCGGAGCUGUAGCGCCGGGGGGGGAGGUGCGGGACGAACAUGGCUGCAAGG